AUGGACCAGCCAGCGGACACAACACGCGAAACAUCGGGCCACAUUCCCAUGGUGCUGGACAACAGUGGCCGUGCCCCGCUCCAAGUUCCAGGCUUCGGAGAGGUCCCGAUUGAUUAUGAGAUCCAAUGCGAUGCCCGCUUUGCACAUGGAAUGAAUGAAUGGUGUCAGCGCCCUGCAGUGACAGCUCGCGAGUUAGCAAUGACAGCCACCAUGAACAACAUUACUGAUCAGCCGGGGUGGCAUGUUGAUGUCUUCAAUGAUCAAGUUGUAGCGCAGUGGCGAAAAGAGGCCGUUGAAACAAGCUCACUGUUGAGUGAUAAGGCGUGGAGCUGGUGCUUAAAGGAGCUGCGUGAUAAAGCCGUCUACUUACGUGAGAACCAACAUAUCCGGGUCCUAGAAGCUGGCUCAUGUGUGUGUAAAUCGGAUACGACAACUUCACACUCUCUGAGUACAUUAUUCAGGUCAACAACUGCCCCCUUGAUUGAGCAGCAGCAGCAAGAGCAGGAGAAUGGGGACCGGCAGUCCGAUCAGGUUGUAACCCUUGUCGACCCUUCAUUAUUCCCAUUGGUCUACGGAAGAACCCUGGUUUUGUCCCAUGGGGGGCAAGUGGACCUGCAGGAUGUCCUAAGAUCCUAUAAAGAUACUACAAUCGCUCCACAACAUUUCGAUAAGCGGCAGGAUUCUGCAGAAUUGGAGGAAAGAGACAUAAACAAGUACGGCCAUAUCCCGGGUCGGGGCAUUUCCCCCAUUCACUCAUGUUCAGAGGUCUAUCGCUGGAGUUCAAAUUACCAAUGCCUUCCCUGCGAGGUCGAGUUUCUGAAAGAUUCUGGUACCGAGGUACAGAUUACCUCGUACAUUAAUAAUUUGCACCCGGAUCAUCGAAAGUUAUACAACGCCAUCGAGAAGCUCAUUUCAAUGGCAAUCAAGCCUUGGAACGAAUGUUUGGUUCAAGGUCGGCAUGGCUGGGAUGAUGAGAAUAAUCUCGGGCAAAUGGGGCCCGUCCCGCUAAGAAUCAUUACAUUCGGCAUUGAAUGGAAGAACGAGCUUCUAGAAUGGGCCAUUGCUUUCAAUGUACCUGCACAAUCUUCAAAACAACUAUACCAUAAAGUCCAAGAACAACUACAAAGCAACAGGAAUGACCAAACGGAAGAGGGCAGGAAAAGAUACCUCAAGGCGAAAAAGCGUCUUUCUACGAGUCACAUACUCAGAGCUGUGGAAGGGAGAGACAAUAUGCAGUUGCCUCCCCCGGACUCGGACUUAUGGCAAAAGGCUAAGAAGUAUCUUGAACUCCCCGAGCGAGACUCAACCGGCCCCGUCAAGGUCCCCGACGAUUGGGCAGAGGGUGGUGAGGGUGCUCCAUGGAUCGCUCUAGAAGGGAAAAUGAAGCGGGCGCUCCACUUCAAACAUCCGGAGCCGGGAACUGCCUUUACAUACGAGGACUGGAAGACUGGCCAGCAUAAAGAUAAAGCGAUUAUUGACCUCUUUCGUGGGCAAGAGGGUUUGGAUCCUUGUUAUGCGCAUGUUAAGCCAAAAGUCCAGCCCCAUACUCCCUACACAAUCACCCUGCAAGACACAUUUCGGAAGCACGGUCUGCAGAUCAUUGUGAAAAUGGAUAAUAUCGAGCUCACCCCAGAAACUCCCGCAUAUCCUGGCGAUGAUUGGCAUCUUGAAUACCAGUUGAAUGAACAUGUUGUGGCUGCGGCUGUCUUCGCAUACGACGUUAAAAACAUCACUGAGCCUCGUAUCUCAUUCCGCCAGUACACCCUCCUGCACGGUAUUCAUUAUCAGUAUGAUGAUAGGACUCGAUUUCAUAGGGCAGGGGGCAAAUGGGAAAAUCCACCCGCCAAACUAUAUGGUAAAUCCUAUGACGCCACAUACGAGGCAAUAUCAGAAAUAUUGGGAUUCCAAGGUCUGGACCUUUCGCUUGAUAAUUUUGGGUUCCCGCCUUUCCAGAAUACAGGCUCGAUCGCCACACCACAGGGUCGAUUAAUCACGUUCCCCAACCUUCUAGAGCACCGGGUCGAGCCGUUCAAACUAGCGGAUCCGAGUUGUCCUGGACAUUAUCGUUCGAUCAAGCUGUACCUUGUCGAUCCACACUACCGUAUAUGCUCAACCCGUAAUGUGCCACCACAGCAGCAUCACUGGUGGGCGCAAGAGGUGGAAAAAUCCCUUGCCAUGUCUGGUCUGCCUUGUGAGCUGUCGGACGAGAUUUUCCAGGAAACAGGCUACUGGCCGAUGGGGAUAGAGGAAGCGCGGCAACACCGACGGGAAUUUAUGAGAGAGCUUCGUUGGAAUGCGACUACGCGGCUUAGUAGUAUGGGUGGCCCUGGGUUUUGA